AUACCGCCGACUCCUCCGCGACCACCUCUCGCGUUUGACAUACCCGCAGAUGAUGAAGAAAGCAUAAUAAAAAAACAUCCGCCGAAAAAGAUAAAAAAAUUACAAAAAAAUGAAAAUUUGACGAAAACUUUGACGCACGAAGAACUCAAUGCUAAAUUACAGGAAGCGGAAAUGAGGAGAAGAGAAUUUCUUAAUCAGAGAAUACAAUCGGCUCAAAUUAAAAAUAAUCAAUAUAGGCAAUUAGCACGGGGAGACGUCAUUAGCCAAAAG